CUGAACUAUUUCUCGUACUUUGACAUCCAAGAUUAUCAGAUUAUCAUGCAGUACUGUAUAAGAUACUAUUUAUUGAAUUCGAACUGUUUGUUAGAACUAUGUAAAUUUGGACCCAUCAAUGGAUUUUAUCUUGAAUUGGAAAAUCACUAAUUAAGUUUAAAGCCCGUUCGGUAUAAACAGAUAAGAUUCUUGUGUGAUUUAUAAAUAAUUUACAAUGUCUCUUGGUUUUAAACCGAAGAGGUAUACCGCAGCCAUACCUGAAGACAGUAUACCGGAAGUCAACACUGAUUCCGACUCCAGCGAUGAAGAUCAUGGAACUGUUAGAACACACAGAUGGCCAACGUCCAAACGACCAAGAAUAUCAGUUGUUUCUGAAGCAAAUCCAUCUCCAAGAGUAUCAGCGUUUGAGGCUCCAAAUCCCGCCUUGUUUGGAAGAUUUAAUGACGAAGAUAGCGAAGAUUCUGACAUUAAAAAAGCUCUCAUACAGAGAAUUGCUGGUACAUGCCUGGCCAUCACCACCAUAGUGCUCAUAGUUGUCGUCAUCUAUAUGGCAUCUAAAAUACCGGACAAACAAUUCUGUAAGUACAGUGACAAAGACUUUGUAAAGCCACGUGAUCUUGACAAUCCGCAAGUAUUCGAUGAUCUUACACCUGAAGAAUAUGAAACAGUUAAUGAUUUUAUGUUGCGCGAUAAAGAGAUGAAUUUAAUUCCGUUUCAGUCAGCAGUUAUAAAUAGCAGUUAUAUCUAUAUGAUAGAUCUAUUCCUUCCAAGGAAAGAUGAGACAAUUAGAUACCUUGAUAAUGGAAGUAAAAAACCUACUCGUGAAGCCAUUGUGACCGUUGUCAGGGGCGACAGGUAUCCUCCUAUUGUUGAAGAGUAUAUUGUGUCUCCUACGCGACUGCCAGAUACACACAGACUCUACAAAAAUCCGUCAUAUAAACGUUAUCCUAUUCCAUAUACCAGCCGGCCAAUAGAUGAUAUAGAUUACAAAUUUCUCUUUCCGGUGAUUAUAAAUAAAAUAACUGAAGAACUGUAUCCCCUUUUGAUGGAAAGUUUUGGUCUGUGUUAUCAUAACUGUACAAAAGGUCUGAACUGUUUAAAAGUUUAUGACUUGGCUCCGCGUGGACAAUAUAGUGGGGACCGGAAGACAUGGACUUGGUUAUUUCCGGAUGUUGAAGGAUUCUAUAUUCAUCCAUUAGGACUAGAGUUCCUUAUUGAUCAUAGUUCAACAGACACAAACAAAUGGCGCAUGGAGCAAAUCAUAUACAACGGCCAAAUGUUUCAAACUGUUUCUGCUUUAAUGGAUGCAUAUCGCAUAAAGUCGCUUAAAUUAAUUCAUAUACAUUCAUUUAAAGACCAGUCACUGUAUUCCUCUUACGAAGCAAGGGGCGAGCUUCCCGAACGACCACUACAAGGUCCAAAACUAACCGAGCCAGACGGCAAAAGGUUUCAAGUGAACGGGCAACGUGUAUUUUACAAAAAAUGGAAUUUCAAUUACCACAUGCGACCAACGACAGGACUGCAGAUAUUUGAUGUCAAAUUUAAUGGCACAAGAAUAGCAUAUGAAAUAAGUCUACAGGAGGUUCUUGUGUUGUACUCCGGAUACGGUCCUACUCAGGGAACAUCAAAUUAUUACGAUAUUUCCAGGCUUCUCGGUGCAUCAAGUAUGGAGCUAGCUAGAGGGGUAGACUGUCCAGAUUCGGCGGUCUAUCUGGAUACAUACUUCUUUGCAAAUUCAGGAAGCACCAAAAUAUUUAAAAAUAACGUGUGUGUCUUUGAAAGUAAUGGCGGUAUGCCAUUGAGAAGGCAUUAUCAGAACAACUAUGAUGGUGGGUAUGACUUUUACGGUGGUAUUGUUGAUUAUCAUUUGAUUAUUAGAACGGUUGCGAAUGUCUGGAAUUAUGACUAUGUUUUUGAUUAUAUAUUUCACACUAACGGUGCAGUAGAAGUGAAAGCCUCCGCGACUGGAUAUGUACAUGCAACAUUUCGACUGCAGGAGGAAGAUAUUUACGGUAGUCCUAUACAUGAUCAUGUAACUGCAGACCUCCAUGUUCAUAUUUUUAAUUAUAAAGUCGAUUUAGAUAUAACUAGCACAAGUAAUCGAUACAUGGUCCAUAAUAUAAAAGCAGAAACACAGAAACAUCCAUGGCUCCCUAACAAAAACAUAACAAAGCUCCUUAUCAAGCCAGAACUAAUCAGCACAGAAACUGGAGCAUCCACUGCUUAUAACUCAAAUACGCCACAGUAUCACGUAAUUAUUAGCAGUGAUGCAAAGAGUCAGUAUGGUUCAAGCAAGGGCUAUAGGAUAUUAAAUAAGUCUCCUGUAUCCCACCUCCUGUCAGACCAAUCAGUUACUGCUGCAGCAAAGUGGGUUAAUUAUUCUAUUAUUGUAACAAAAAGAAAAGAAUCGGAAAGAGACUCAACGUCUAUUUUCGCGCAAAACGAUCCUUGGGACCCCUUAGUCGACUUUCAAGAUUUUAUAGAUGGAGAGAAUUUAGUUGAUGAAGACCUGGUUGCCUGGGUAACCAUUGGAUCCAAUCAUAUCCCAGUGACUGAGGACAUUCCAUCUACACCGACCACAUGGAACCAGUUUUCGUUUUUUCUCACGCCACACAAUUACUUUGCAGAGUGUCCUAGUCUUUACUCGGCAGAUAAUGUUUUGAUACGACCAUCAAACGAAGACAACGAGAAUCCCAGUGUUAAAACAUAUGGUCGUUCAUUCAAGUCGAAAUGCAUUCCUCAGUCAAUUGGACCUUUUAACUACAAUGGAAUUCGUCGAUGAUCUUAUCUAAUAACAUCAUGUAAUGCCCGCAUAGUGUUAUGAUUAAUACAUAAAUUUGAUCUCAUUGCGGUAAUAUUAGGUUUUAAACCAAGCCCAGUUUUAAGAACGAACAAAAGUGCAUUUCAACGAUAAUAUGCGUCUAUAUUUGUGGUGUAAUAAAACUCUUUACAGCAUUUGUACAACGUUUUCAAGGAACAUUUAUUAAUGUUACGCUGUCAAUAAAAAAAGAUGAAACAUUCAAAAAGUAUACACUUUUCCUUACCUCCGAUAAUAAACUGUCUUUAGUAGCUUUAUCAUGUUAAAUGAACUUCGAUUAUAUUGAUCUGAUCAUGUU